UUCAUCUCUGGUGGGUUUUACCUUUUUGGUACAAAUGACCUUUAUCUGCCCAUGCGCAGAUUGUAUCUGUAAACUCCCUUAUUAUGAUAAAAAACAUCACGCAUCAUGGAUUACUGCGCAUCACGCAUCAACGACUAUUACCUAUUUGAUGCCAUGCCAAGCCGUCUCAUUAACCCUCAUUUACAGCUUAGAAGCCUCACCGUUCUUCCGUUAUACAUGGAGAGUACCAUAGAUCAAAUCACCGUCUAGGGGUUAGAGCUGUAUCAACGACGAUGAUGAUCGGAUGUUAAUAUCGAUCAAGUAAACUAGCUGUCGUUCGUAACGGAUCGUAAGUAGAAUACUGAUAUGUGAACAGUGGGUGAAUACGAUUGGUGAUCUAAAAAAGCUCAAAACCAAUACAAGCUUAGACCAAACCUCUACCCUCGAAAGCAAGAUGGAAGAUGGUAUCAACAGCCAAGUGGAACGAAGUUUUGUCAUUCUCCUCGUCAUCAUCUUCGGAAGUGGAUCAUGUAUGACGAUGUCAGGAGUGUGGUCCGAAAUACCUGUCCUGGUCGCCCUAGGCCUGCCCGAAAAGAACCGCAUCACUUCUUACAUCAUGAUCCCCCUUGUAUGUGGAUUCGUUGUCGUCGUCGCAUUCUUGAUCUGCAUCAAGUUUCUUGAAUCUACCCGCGUCUAUAGACCAGAGAUCUCCUUUAUCUACGUCAUCACCUUCAUAGGAACCAUUGCGACAUUUUUGCUGAUAUUCUUCUGGGACUCAAGGACAUACUUGUCCGGUCAACCCCACAGCGUGGCUUUCAUGAUCAAUAUAUUUUUCGUCUUGACGGUCGAUAUGAUAUUGGGUAACACUUCCUCGGGGUAUAAAUCUCUCCUGAAGCCGGAGUAUUUGAAUUGGUUGUUGCUUGGUCAAGGAAUGAGUAGCAUUCUUCCAGGAUGCGUUGUACUUAUCCAGUAUGCAGGGGGCAGUAAAGAAACAUGCGUCGCUAAUUUUACAUUCAUGAACGAAACUGUGGUUGGAAAUUCAUCAUUGUCGUAUAGCUGUACCUCUUGGCGUGAAGUAGCUCCCGAAUUUCUUUUUGGCCCCAAAAUUUUUUUUGCCUUUCUGUUCGCGAUGAUGCUUUCAUGUCACAUCUCAUUCAUUUGCCUGAAUAACUUGCCUUGCGCCAGACGGGAAUACGCUCCUCAACGAGAUGGCCACCAUCUUAAAAAAGAUGGAUGCGGGGGGCUUUUCCAAUCACGGGACACCUCUUCGGGUGAAAUGGACGAACUUGUGGUUUUGACACAAAUUCCCGAGUCAGAGGGAAUUGCCAGAUCGCGACCAAACAAUGGGGACUUUAUGGAAAGAGAACUUACGAAUUGGCAGGUUGCAUUCCUCUAUGCAAUGUCCAUCAUAAACAUGGGCAUCUUGUACGGCAUCCUAUCUCCUAUACAAGGGUAUUCCGCCAGCGCAUACGGUAGCCAGACGUACGGCUUGCUGACGCCUCUCCGAGAAAUAACCGGUGCUCUCGCUUUUCCACUCUUUCAACUGAAACCUAUAUACAGCUACAAAGUGGUGGUUUGGACCUUUUUAUUAGGGUCCAUUUCGAGUCUGUACUGCAUUAUUGUGGCCGCAAUGAGUCCGUAUCCUCCAUUUAGUGAACUUAUCAUAGGAAAAGUACUAAUUGUUGUUGCUUGGAUAGGCGCCGGUGUAUUUCAUAACUACUCCCGCGCGUCUUAUGCCUGGAUAUUACGUCACAGCCCAGACAAUCGAAAGCAUUUGAUCUACUCCAGUGCACUGGGUCAGCUUGGGGUGUCCGUACUCACCAUAUUCAUGUUCCUUCUCGUCAACGUUUUCAACGUCUUUGAGGCAUACGACGAUCAGAAGCAGUGUCCAAUACAACCAACUUGUACCAGAUCCUAAUAGCAUGUCCUUGUCCCGCCCCCC